AGCUGAGCCAGUGAGCGAGAUGGAGGAGGAGCUGCGGUGUAGUCAGUGUACCGGGUAUUACCACGUGCCGGUUAUAUUAGUGUGUCGUCAUGCUUUGUGUCUAGCUUGUGCAGGAGCACUUCAGAAACCUGCAGCUCCGCCUGCACGUAGUGAGGAUGAAGGGAGUGUUGCUCCUGCCGAAGAUCUCCACGAAACAUCCGAGGUGGAUAAACUGUCCGUGUUGAGCGAUGCUGACUCGGGCGUUUCGUGUAGUUCUCGUCCAACUAGCCUUGUCGGUGCUCCUGAAGGAGGCAGCAGCUCGGAUCCGCCCCCGCCACCACCCGUGUACACCAUCGCAUGCCCGCAGUGCUCCGUUCUGACGCCGACAGACGAAGCGGGGGCGCAGGGCCUGACGCGGUUCAAGGUGCUGGCGGCGGUGGUGGACAAGCACCUGGAGAGGUACCAGGUAGCUGAGCCGUGCCAGCUCUGCGAUGCGGCCACGGCGCCCCGACCCGCCCAGGUCUUCUGCGACCAGUGCUUAGUGUUCUACUGCGGCCCCUGUCGAGAGGCCUGCCACCCCGCCCGUGGCCCUCUGGCCGCCCACUGGCUGGUGAGCGUGGCCGAAGGAAGGGCGCUCCUAAGGGCGCGACGGAGGGAGAGGGAAGGGCGCUGCACACACCACCCGCAGGAGCAUGUGUCCAUGUACUGCCUCACCUGCCGUCUCCCAGUGUGCGUGCUGUGCCUGCACCACGGACGCCACCACGCACACGACGUGCACGCGCUCAACGCCGUCACCAAAACGCACAAGACGGAGUUGUCGCAGGCACUCCAGCAGCUGUCGGAGAAGGCACGGGCGGCCACGGAGUUCAUCCACACUCUCAAGACGCUGUCGGAGGAAGUGCACGGAAACUGCCGCGAGGUGGAGGGCGUGAUCGUGGCGCAGGUGGACGCCCUGGUGGAGGCACUGCAGGCGAGGCGCGUCGACCUCAUCAACUGGGUCAGGAGACAGCGGGAUGCAAAGGUUCAUUCGCUGAGGGAUCAGGUGCAGGAGUACACCCACACCCUGCAGUCCACCACGGCCACCAUACACUUCUGCAUCGAGGCUCUCAAGGAAUCAGACCCUGCUUCGUUCAUGGAAGCCCAGGAGAUCCUUGAAGAGCGAGUGAAUGCCAUGUCCCGCGACUGGGACCAGAGCAUGGUGUCAGAGCCGAGGGUGCCACCCCACUUCAACCUUACCCUGGAUGACAAGACCCUGCUGACAGCCAUCCAGCAGCUGACCUUUAUCCAGCUGAAGCCUCCUGGCACCCCCUCCAUGAUCCCUGAAGAAUGCAGUGCUGAGAACAACAGCGUCACCAUUGCAUGGGCUCCUCACCACACCUCUUGCGUCACAGGCUACACACUCGAAAUAGAUGAUGGGGCAGGGGGAGCUUUUAGGGAAGUAUACUCAGGGGAACAGACAGUAUGCACCAUUGAUGGCCUCCACUUCAAUUCAAUCUACAGGGCCAGGGUUAGGGCCUUCAAUUCUACAGGGAAUUCCCCCUUCUGUGAACCUCUCUGUUUACAGACUGCAGAAGUGGCUUGGUUCACCUAUGAAUCAAGUCAUCCAGAUGUAACCAUUUCUGCAACUGGAUUCACUGUCAGUUGCGAUUCUUAUGAACAUCGUGUGGUCCUGGGUAGUGUUGGCUUCUCUCGCGGAGCACAUUACUGGGAAUAUACUUUGGAGAGAUAUGAUGGGAAUGCAGAUAUUGCCUUUGGACUGGGAAGAAUUGACAUAUGCAAGGAAAUGAUCCUAGGCAAGUGUGGAGGCAGUUGGAGCAUGUAUAUAGACAGUGAGAGAUCAUGGCUGAUGCACGGUGGAGAGCACUUCAACAGGACUGCCGGCGGUGUAAGGGCUGGGGACACUGUUGGGCUGUUGCUGAGUUUACCAGAAAAAACCCUUAGCUUUUUUGUUAAUGGGGAACUUCAGGGCUACGUUUCGCUCGCUGGGGUGACAGGCGUCCUCUAUCCUGCUGUGAGCCUGAACCGUAGUGUUGUCCUCAACCUACAGACUGGACUCCAUCCUCCACAGGCACUUGUGGAGACUCCCGUUGCUGCUAAAACAUAGAUAUGAUGUAUUCUACGCAAAGUUGGAGUAUAUUUAGCUAUACUAGUAUUUUUUUUCUUUUAUUUCUUAAUAUUUGUCUUACUAUUAGUAUUGGCUUACUGUAUGUCUUUGACUUACUCUGUUAUCUUUGUUGAUGUUUUAGCUCUUUUUUAUUAACUGAGGGAUUAGAUAUGUGUUAUCAUUUCUUUUUGUUCUUAAAGUAAGCCUUCAAAUACAAAAUUCAUUACUUUCCUUUUUAGUAGUCUUUGUAUAUAUACAAUGUGAAAUUUGAUUUAGAAUAAUUGGUAUAAGAAGGUAUGAUUUUGUUUUUUAUAUGCCUAAAAGGUGUUAUGUUAAAUAGUUAUACUGAAUUGUUUUCAACAGUAAUUUUUAUACUGUCAGGAACUAUGUGCCUCCAAUUAGCACAUAAAUACUAUUAAUUUAGGUAAUGAGUGGUUUGUCUGUUCAAAUUUAGUGUCCUUCAUGUGAUAACCUCGUAAGUGUCAGCAAGUUUAUUGCGUGGAUUACAAGAUCUCAUGAUAUGUCAUGUAUUCUUUUUUUGAGCUUUCCUUUUUCUUUCUUUAGAUGAUGAAUAUCAGGUGGUGAUAUAUGAAAGAAUGAAAAAAAAAAAAAAUUGACAUAUCAUUGUAUAUAUUGUACAUAAUUUGCAUAUUCAUUGUCAACUUGAUUACUUGUAUGAUUAUGGUAUAGAACUAACAUUUAUUUACUAUUUUCUAGUCCCACUUUCUUCACGGUUUAGUGUCUAUGUUUAUAUACUUCUUGCCUUCUAAGAGCUUUUGUUGUCUGUGUUAGUUUCUUGUAUCAUUAUCUGCUAGAUUCAUCUUGCAUUUUACUAGUCUUACAGAAGGUAAAUACAGGGAAUAUUAGUGUGGUUACUAUAUCCAGUGAUAUCCCUCCAUUAUCAACACUUUACUCACAGUAGCAACGGAGCUGUUGAAACAGCCAAGAGAAAAUGCACUUAAGAUAUCAACACAAUGUUAGGUAGUUUCACACCUGGCUGUCUAGAAUAUCAGCUUAGGUCUCUCUGCUUGUUAAAGAGACGUCGCAUUAUGAUGACUGAAACAUAUUUAACCCCUUUGAUGGUCUCCAAGUAUCAAGAGAAAAAACAAGAUGUAUUACUCAUAUUACCAGUCAUAUCACAGUUUGAAAGAAAAAAAAAUAUAUAGAAAAAUAUUGUAGGACUUGUGUUGAAAGAGCUUACGUCCCUAUGAUCUACUGCCAUUCCUUUAGGAAGCAUUUAUUAAUCAUAAAGGCAUUUCUAUAUAAAUGCAUUUUAUAAUAUUUCUAAUAACCAGAAGUGUAAAUAAAUAAAGACAUUGA